AUGUCCAAUAGCAAAUUACAAGUUACUCUCCUCGCGGACGAAUGGAAAUCUUCCAAAGGAGGCCUGUCGACCAUAAAUCGAGAAUUGGCCAUACAUUUGGCUGAACAUCCCAAUGUGUCAGUUACUUUCUUAGUCCCGGAAUGCACUGAAGACGACAAAAAUGAAAGUAGUGCUUGUAACGUGCAUAUCGUUAAAGCACAGGAGCAUUAUGUAUUCAAUCCGGUCGAUCUAUUAAGUUUUCCACCGGAUGAUCUCUCUAUAGACAUAAUCAUUGGCCAUGGUGUAAAACUUGGUAAACACGCUCAAAUAAUUAAGAAAAGCCAUCAGUGUAAGUGGGUUCAAGUUGUACAUACUGCCCCUGAGGAACUUUCCAUGUUGAAAACGUAG